AUCCGCGAGUCUGCAACCGCCACAGCAACUAUUUCCACUCGCAGAAACGGUAAGCACAUUUCUAAAUCUUGAAGAGGAAAAAUGCCAUCGACGCCGAACGGAUCGGCGGCGAAGCAGCCGGAACCAUCGGAAUACCAUGACGAAACCUCCAUCAAAUUCGGCACUCCGGAGGCCCUGGCUCACGUCCGAUCCCUAACGGACGUUGGCGCCAUGACCCGCCUCCUCCACGAGUGUAUAGCUUACCAGCGAGCUCUCGACCUUGAUCUCGACAGCCUCCUCUCUCAGCGUACAGAAAUCGACAAGCACCUCCUUCAGCUUCAGAAAUCCGCCGAGGUGCUUGACAUUGUAAAGGCUGAUUCGGAUCACAUGCUGUCCAAUGUGCGCUCCACGUGCGACCUCGCCGAUCAGGUUAGCCGUAAGGUCCGCGAGCUUGACCUGGCGCAGUCGCGUGUCAACUCUACGCUCGUCCGUAUCGACGCCAUAGUCGAAAGAGGUACUUGCAUCGAGGGUGUGAAGAGCGCUCUGGAGACUGAGGAUUACGAGUCCGCUGCCAAGUAUGUGCAGACUUUCUUACAGAUCGAUGACAAGUUUAAGGAUUCUGGAUCUGAACAAAGAGAGCAGUUGCUCAAUUCGAAGAAGCAAUUGGAAGGGAUUGUCAAAAAGAAGUUGCUGGCAGCUGUGGAUCAGAGGGAUCAUCCUACUAUUUUGAGGUUUAUUCGCAUCUAUUCGCCAUUGGGAAUGGAGGAGGAGGGAUUGCAGGUUUAUGUUGGGUAUUUGAAGAAGGUUAUAGGAAUGAGAUCGAGGCUUGAGUACGAGCAUUUGGUGGAGCUGAUGGAGCAGGGCCACGGACAGAAUCAGGUGAAUUUUGUUGGAUGUUUGACGAAUUUGUUCAAGGAUAUUGUGUUGGCUAUUGAGGAGAAUGAUGAGAUCUUGAGGGGUCUAUGUGGUGAAGAUGGGAUUGUUUAUGCGAUUUGUGAAUUGCAAGAGGAGUGUGAUUCAAGGGGUUCUCUGAUCUUGAAGAAAUAUAUGGAGUACAGAAAAUUGGCCAGGUUAGCAUCUGAGAUCAAUGCCCAGAACAACAAUUUGCUGGCUGUGGGAGCACAGGAAGGACCUGACCCUAGAGAGGUUGAGUUGUAUUUGGAGGAAAUUUUGUCAUUGAUGCAGUUGGGUGAGGAUUAUACAGAGUAUAUGGUGUCCAAGAUCAAGGGGUUGAGUUCUGUGGAUCCAGAGUUAGUACCAAGAGCAACAAAAGCUUUUAGGAGUGGAAGCUUUAGCAAAGUUGUUCAAGACAUUACAGGGUUUUAUGUGAUUUUAGAGGGAUUCUUUAUGGUAGAAAAUGUGAGGAAAGCAAUAAGGAUUGACGAGCAUGUGCCGGACAGCCUUGCUACUUCAAUGGUGGAUGAUGUCUUUUAUGUUCUGCAAAGCUGCUUACGGAGGGCAAUUUCCACUUCAAAUAUCAGUUCCGUGGUUGCAGUCUUGACUGCUGCUAGUAGUUUGUUGAGUAAUGAAUAUCAGGAAGCUUUGCAACAGAAGAUAAGAGAACCAAACCUUGGAGCAAAGUUGUUUUUGGGUGGUGUUGGUGUGCAGAAGACCGGAACAGAGAUUGCUACAGCAUUGAAUAACAUGGAUGUAAGCAGUGAGUAUAUCCUGAAACUAAAACAUGAAAUUGAGGAGCAAUGUGCUGAGGUAACAUCCUCUCUGUUAUUUUAUGACAACUAAAAUUAUGCUAUGAUAUUCUUACUUCCAAACAUGCAUGAUUUGUUGUUUUCUGUAUGUGUGGGUAUUUAGUAGAUAAAGAUUUUGUUGAGUAAUAUUAGGUAGAUAAUUUUUAAUUUCUGUGGCAACAAACUCUGUGAUUCUAUAUAUGAGGUUUGAUUAGCAGUGUACCAUUUCCACAUUCUUCAUUUUUCUUUAUAGGUUAGCUGUAUGCAUUAACAUGAUACUGGUGAAAGCUUUUCCAUAUAGUCUUCCUUAAUGAUUACCAUUGCUUUGAGCUAUUUGUUUGUCCAUUAGACUAAGGAGCAUAUUCUUCCGUUGCUGAGCAUUGCCAUGUAAGGAAUUAUUGUCAUGUUCUUUUAUUUUAUUUUUCAAAAUAUAGUUACAUAUUAUAAGAUUGAAAGGUUGAAAAUUGUUUCUGCAUCAUGUUGAACUUGUUUGGACUCCUGUAAUAUGAGGAACUUAAUUUGAACUUUUCAUGAACCUUGUUUUUAG